AUGGAUCACUUUCGUGUCGAACCUGUUUGUGUCAUGGAUGCGCACUCGGGCGGUGCGCAUUUAGUCCUCACUAUUGGCUUUAUUUUCAGCGGGGCGGUCGAUAGAGCCCAGAUUGAGUCCGCGGUCAAGGUUCUUGUUGGAAAAUGGCCAGUACUUGGGGCGCGUUUACGUCGUUCUAGUUCGAAUUCACAGGCACUGGAGGCUCUAAUUCCCGACUCCCAGCAUGCAGUCUUGGCUACCACAUUUUAUGUGAGCGCGCUCCCUACCACAAACUUUGAACCUCCUAACCCCCCCAGCAAGACCACACCCAAAGGAAUUCAUCAAGUGGAAACCUUGCCCGCUCGAACCUCGACCAUCACGACCCAGAGACUCUCUCGCAACCUCGAGCUCUAUUUCGAAAAGUCGCAGCCCACACUCGAAGAAUUAAUUUCAUCUGAAUCCUCCGCGUUCCGGCUUCACGUCUCGUGUUUGGCCGAUGCGACCGUUUUCGCGUUUACCUUUCCUCAUGUACUCAUGGACGCAUCGGCUGCAGGGUCAGUCAUGCGUGGCCUCGUCUCGGUUCUUGAAGGCAAAGCACCGUUGGACGAGCUCGAGGGCGACCCUUGGGCGGACUUUGUCAACACCACUCGCCCAGGAGCCGAUUUGAAUUUGAGAGGAUGGACAACGUACGGUCCUUCUGAUUUUAUGGCGUCCGCCGAGACGGAGCGCAUGGACCUCGAGCGAGAUGGCCCCAUCUCGCAGCGUACGAUUUAUUUUCCUCCGGCUGAGAUUGCACGACUGAAGGAGCAGGCGAUGCGCGAGCUAAAGGUGCUCGGGUUAGAGGUACCGCUCUUAAGCUCGGGGGAUGUAAUUGUUGCGUGGUUGUACAAGAAUUUUUAUGGGGACGAACAGUACGAUGCCGACCGAACGAGUCGUCUGAUCUAUGUUCUGGAUGCUCGAAAACGGCUGCCCGAAGCAUUUCCUCCUGACAAGGUGUAUCUCAAAAACGCCUAUAUUCUCAAUGUUACGAGCAAGUACGCAAAUUGCAAAAUACGCGAUAUGAGUCUAGGUGAAAUUGCGAGGCUUGUCCGAGAGCUUGUGACCGAGGGCUCGAAACGAGAAACCGUGUUGGAUCAUUUACAGUGGAAACAUGAUCAUGCUGGCGAGGUUCAAGUUCCAGUCCCUUCCGGCGAGCGAGUUUUAUUUGCAUCGAAUUGGCUGAUGUUCGGGUUCGGGGGCUUGAAUAUUUCCAAAGCUGUCAAACCCGGUACUGGUACCGGCGAGGUUUUGGAUAUAUAUUGGUGUAUGCCUGGUAUUCCUCGUGGAUGUGUCACAUUCCGAAGCAGUGAUGGAGGAAUCAACGCCGUAUUCGAUUGGGCAGAAGUUAACUGGACAUCCGGCUCAAUUGGGAAAUAUGCAAUCGAAAACAUGAAGACCAAAAAGUCUAAAAAGGGCAAGGCAAUGAAAAGGCUGCGCAUACAUUCACUUUUUUCGUGGUAUCGUCGUCUUAUUGCCACCCGACACUAA